CCAACCCAAGCCACGCCCAGCCAAUGCGCACCUAGAAAGGGACGACUAGGAAGAGGCAGUGAUGGCACAGCAAGAAGGAGUGGUGGGCAAGAAGAAACUCCAGGAUCUAGCAGCCGAGGUGUGUCCACGCCAGCUACUGGACGAAGACACGGAGGAGUUGCUGAUGCAACUAGCCGAUGACUUCAUCGACUCAGUGGUGACGUCGUCGUGCCAACUGGCUGCUCAUCGCAAGUCCAGCACUCUUGAAGCUAGUGACUUGCAACUCCAUCUCGAGAGAUCGUGGAACAUAAACAUCCCAGGAUUCAGCAACUCUGACGCUUCUCGGCAGCAGAAGAAGGCACUGCCCACUGAGGCCCACAAACAGAGAGUGGCACUUAUCAAGAAGUCAAAGAGAUAGUCUGUAUCUAUGCAUUACUAUCAUCACUGUUCUUUCUCAUCAUAAUUUUUUUAAAUCUAUAUACACCAUUGAGAGAAA